CAUUAAUUAAUUAGCUAACAUAUAUGCCUUCUUCAAGCAGGGCAGCUCAAGUCAGUAUUCUUGAUCCUGUCACCAGCACAGCUCGUAAUUACAGCUUUCCUGCGGCAGAACUUCCGGGAAGAGGUCCGUUCACCAGUUCUAGAGCUGAGGCGAUACACAGAGGGCAGCGGGAACUCAUGGAGAUGGUGAAGAAGAUGCCUGCCGCUGCUGAUGAUCAGUCGUCGUCGUACUUGGACUUAUCCUUGAAGGAUCUCGUCGAUCACCCCACACCCACAGUUGUUGUUGUGGUAGAUCAAUCUCGACAAGAUCAAAGUUUGACCAGCAAAGACUAUAAAGAGAAAGCUUUGUUGGAUCGUUAUUAUCUGCAGCCGGCAGCUAUCAAUAAGAGUAGUAGCACCGGGAAGAUGACGCCGUCGAGAAGCCGGAAAGUGGACGAGAGGGGGCUGUUUCUGAAGAUGGUGUUUCCGUUUUGCAUGGGAUCCCGAAACAAAUGCAAUAUUCCGGCAGCAAAUAAGAGAGCUGCCAAGGUUUCUCCUAAGCCGGCCGCCGCGGAGAAAGAUGAAAAAUCUAUUAAAGGUGCUGGGAGUGUGAGUAAAGAUUCGUUCUUGACAAAUAAGAUCUCAUCGGGUUCCAACAGUAGCAAUAUCAAUGGCCGUAGCAGCAACACGUGCACCACUAGAAGUUCUCACGCAAGGAUCCAAAUCUCUCUCUUAUGAAUGGACGGUCAAAUGCUCGCGUACGCGAAGGGAAGGCGACGGGAAGGGUGCUGGGCACCAGCGACACUGUGGCGGUGGGCGGUGGCGACUCGGGGGUAUGACAUGGUGGCACGGCGGCGGCAGAGAAAGGCCGAUUGUAGAGCAAUCUGCGUGGCGGCGGCGGUGACGGGAUAACCAUAGGGUGGCGGCGACGGGAUGACCAUAGGGCGCCGCCUGGAACCUGAAGGCUUUUCUUCUCUCCUCCUUCUCUUUCCCCCUCCUGCCUUCUUCGUUGUUGUUGGCUUGUUCUAUGGUUAUACAGAGUUACAUUCUAUACUUUGAUUUUUUGCACGGCUUUCAUUUUGCGAUGCACCUUUUUUGGUUUACUUUAAUUUUAAUUAAUAUUCCUCUCUAUUUCCUAUAUCUAUUUUGUAUCCCC